CUCCCGCCCCACUCCGCCAUCAUGAAGUUGUGAACCAAAAAACGAAUGAGACAGAAAGGGUAAAAAAGGAAAACAAUUCAUGAAUAACAUUUAUGUAAUGAUAAAAUAUGGUCGAGAGUGGAGCAAAUACCGGGGUCAGCUUUAAAUUGAUUAACUGUUUCCCAGUCGUAAUCUUCUGAUUGCUGGUGAGAAGACCAGGUCGUUAGCAUUUUGAUUGACUGCCAUAGCUAAUGCUAGCUAAAUCGUUUGCGAAGAAUGGAAUAUCAAUGAAAACAAUGUGGCUCGCUCGUGUUGAAUAGAGCAGAAGAGGUAACGUUAACGUUAGAAAAGCGACCAAUAUUUCCCAUCCCGGGCCAGCUAGCUAGCUCUCCAACUAGCUACAGUGGACCCCAAAAGCCACGAUUUGUCUUUGGUGGGGUGCAGGCAUGCACCCAAAUUAGCAACUGGGAUGCCAUUGCCAACACCAACAUGAACAUUUUCGAUUGAAAAGAAUUGAAGGAUUUUGGCGUUGGGCAACAGAGCUAGGAAGGGGCAACCCCAUCCUUCAUAAUGGCGCUGGCCAUGCCGUCCAGUGUGCGGGCCGGGAGCCUGAAGGACCCAGAGGUAGCUGAGCUCUUCUACAGAGAUGACCCUGAGAAGCUGUUCACCGACUUGCGGGAGAUCGGCCACGGUAGCUUCGGAGCGGUCUACUUUGCACAUGACAUCCGCACCAAUGAAGUGGUGGCCAUUAAAAAAAUGUCCUACGGUGGCAAGCAGUCCAAUGAGAAAUGGCAGGAUAUCAUCAAAGAAGUGAAGUUUCUCCAGAAACUGCACCACCCCAACACUGUGGAGUACAGAGGUUGCUACCUGAGAGAGCACACAGCAUGGCUGGUAAUGGAGUAUUGUUUGGGUUCAGCCUCUGACCUACUGGAAGUCCACAAGAAGCCCCUCCAGGAACAGGAGAUAGCAGCCAUCACCCACGGUGCAUUGCAGGGCCUGGUGUAUCUUCAUUCUCACAACAUGAUUCACAGGGAUGUGAAGGCUGGUAACAUCUUGCUGACCGAGCCUGGCCAGGUGAAACUGGGGGAUUUUGGCUCAGCCUCCAUCAUUGCCCCGGCCAACUCGUUCGUGGGCACGCCCUACUGGAUGGCUCCUGAGGUGAUCCUGGCCAUGGACGAGGGCCAGUAUGACGGCAAAGUGGAUGUGUGGUCACUGGGCAUUACCGCCAUAGAGCUGGCGGAGAGGAAGCCGCCUCUGUUCAAUAUGAAUGCUAUGAGUGCCUUAUACCACAUUGCCCAGAACGAGAGUCCCGUUCUGCAGUCCAAUCACUGGUCUGAUUAUUUCCAUAACUUUGUGGACUCGUGUCUGCAGAAGAUCCACCAGGACAGACCUACCUCGGACGUGCUGCUGAAGCACCAUUUCCUAUGCAGAGAGCGUCCUCACACGGCGGUGAUGGACCUGAUAGCUCGCACCAAAGACGCGGUGCGGGAGCUGGACAACCUGCAGUACCGCAAAAUGAAGAAGAUCCUUUUCCACGAGGCCCUCAACGGGCCCCAGCCCGAGGGAGGAGAGGAGGAGGAGGACGUGGAGCAGUACAUGCUGCGGACAGGUACGGUCAACAGCAUGGAGAGCUCCCAUUCGCUGCCUUCCAUGUCCAUCAGCGCAAGCUCCCAGAGCAGCUCGGUCAACAGCCUGGCGGACGGUUCCGACGACAGCGGCGAGAUGGCCAUGAUGCAGGAGGGCGAGCAAACAGUCACCUCCAACAGCUCAGUCCUGCACAAGCCCCUGAGCCAUGACAACAUCUACGACGACCCCUACCAGCCCGAACUGGACGCACAGCAGCAGCCCCCGUCACGGGGUGAGGGACGAGAAGGUGGCAGGCGGAAGGGACACCGCAGCCGAGAUCACUUUGCCACGAUCCGGACAGCAUCGCUGGUGACCCGGCAGAUCCAGGAGCAUGAGCAGGGGUCGGCGCUGAGGGAGCAGAUGUCUGGGUACAAGCGCAUGCGGCGGCAGCACCAGAAGCAGCUGAUGGGCCUCGAAAACAAGCUGAAGGCGGAGAUGGAUGAGCAUCAGCUGAGGCUGGACAAGGAGUUGGAGAACCAGAGAAACAGCUUUGGAGGGGAGGGGGACAAGCUGAGCAAGAAGCACCAGGCUAUCCUGGAGAAGGAGACCAAGGCAGCCCUGGCUGAGGAGAAGAAGUUCCAGCAGCACAUCCUGGCCCAGCAGAAGAAGGAACUGACCAGCCUGCUGGAAUCCCAGAAACGCCAGUACCGCGCACGCAAGGAGCAGCUCAAAGAGGAACUGAACGAGAACCAGUUGACCCCCAAGCGUGAGAAGCAGGAGUGGCUGGUGCAUCAGAAGGAGUGUCUCCAGCAGCUGCAGGCGGAAGAUGAGGCGGGGCUCCUGCGCCGCCAGAGGCAGUACUACGAGCUGCAGUGUCGCCAGUACAAGAGGAAGAUGCUGCUGGCGCGCCACAAUCUGGAGCAGGACCUACUCCGAGAGGACCUGAACAAGAAGCAGACGCUGAAGGACCUGGAGUGCGCAAUGCUUCUGCGCCACCACGAGUCCACCCAGGAGAUGGAGUUCCGGCAGCUGGGCUCGGUGCAGCGCACGCGGGCUGACCUGAUCCGCACACAGCACCAGACGGAGCUCACCAAUCAGAUGGAGUACAACAAGCGACGCGAGCAGGAGCUGAGGCAGAAGCACGCCGUGGAGGUCCGCCAGCAGCCUAAGAGCCUCAAAGUGAGUGAGAGCGAGACCCCCGGUACCCAAACCCAGAACCAGCCACCUCCAGAGGAGGAGAACAAGGGGGAGGAGUACCAGGAGACAGGGGGGCUAAGGGGAGCCCAGGCUGGGGCUGAGGGAGUGGAAGAGGUGGUGCUGGUAGAGGAAGGGGAGAAGGAAGAGGUGGAAGAAUAUGAAACCAAAGAGGAAAUGGAGGGUAACAAAGGAAAAGUUAGGGAAGGUUUUGAAGGAGGGAAAGAAAAGGUGGUGAGAGACGAAAGUGGAGAUGGAGAGAAUGAGAAGGGAGAAGAGAAGGACGUGGGAAAUGGGAAUGAGGUUUGCUCCAUUGUAGAAACAAAGGUUGAAGUAGAGGAGGAGAAGAGCGAGAAAAGCGAAGAUAAUGAAUGUCAAGAACUUGAGUGGAAAACAGGGGAGGGAGGAGGAGAGCAAAGGCAGGUGGAGGGAGUGCAGUGGGGGGAGGAAGAUGGGGAUGAGGAAGACGAAGCGAGAUAUGUUCUCGACGAUGACGACGAUGAGGAGGAGGAUAGGGGAGUGGCAGACGGCUGUCCGUCUGAGCUCAUCUCCUCCCCAUCCCUGGAACGGAGGCAUGUCCGCGAUCAGCGCAAGGGGGACGAACUCUCAGAGUUCUACUUCCCCGACACCCUUGAGGAACUCGAGCCUCCUCACCUCUCUGCCCCACCCCUUUCUCCGCCCCCUGUCCCCUCUUCCUUUCCCUCCCUCUUCUCUCAUGCCAUCUGCCUCCUCCUCUCCCUCUCGGCCGCCGCCCAGCCCUCCAACCUCACCUUCCUCAUACUCUCAGUCUUCCUCCUCUCCCUUCGUCGCUCUCCCCCUCUCCCCUCGCUGGCCUCCCUCCUCCUCUCGGGUGAGCUCGCCCUCCUCGCCCUCUUCUUCUCCUACCUCUUCCUCCGCUCCUGCUGCUCCCUCUCUCUCUCCACCUACCUGUCCCUCACUCUGUGGGCAUGCGGUCUUUUCAGCCUGGGCCUCUCGCUGAGCCUGGGUCUCUAUUACGUCCCCAUAGCCCUGAUCUCUGCCUCCUUCCUCAGCUCGCCUUCCCUCUUCCUCUCCCUCUAUCUUGUGGUGGUGCUGGUGGUGCGACCGGCGCGCGUCUUCCUACAAAACGCCCCCCGGAAACUCAACCGUUUGUGGAUGAGGUUCCUCUUUCGCCUUCCCCGCCCACUCUUCAACAUCUGCCAGUCUCUCCUUGGGGGCCUGGCAGAGCGCAGCCUCUAUGACAUGUUCCCCAAGGCCGGGCGCAACUGGGGCGGGCGCCAGUCCAAAAUCCCUGUGCCCCUAAAGAGCCUGCCCUUAGUGCGCCUGGCGGGCAGGGGCCACGUUGGCUCGCCCCUUGCCACGUGCCUCCUAUGGGUCAGGCGCUUUAUCAGACGCCCCCUAGGGGUCCUUGCCGACCUGGCCAACUCAGUCGUGCUAAGGCUAGCUAGCAGGGUCCUUAAAGAGCUGCCUCCUGAGUGCCUGAGCAGACUUCGUACAUUCGGUCUGCUGAGAGAGGAGAAACCUAGCAGGCUGCCCAGGCUACUGCCCAGGGAGGUCAGAGAGCAGAAACAGAGGGAGAGGAGGAAGAGAGAGAGGGAGCAAAGGCAAAGAAGGGAGGAGAGAGAAUGUAUGUUCAGAGAUGAGGGGAGGUGGGAAUGCGGGUUGAGACGAACGUCAUCUGGGCGGAGUGUGAGGGGUAAAGUGCGACCAUGGAGAUAGUAAGAGAGGGAGGGAGUUGGAUAGGGUGUGUAUGUUCCAUCUAUCACCGUCUGACCAUCGUGUGUUUGUUUCCUUUGUUUCAACCCUCCCAAAGAUAGGUUGUGUGCAUCAUAGGUAUACCGAACACUGUGUUGCAUUGGCUGAAUGUAAUUGGCCAUUUAAUGUACUGUAUUGCCAAAAGCAUCCAGCAACUCCUGUCAUGUCACUGUCUUAUACCCCAUUGAAGUUUCAUUGUUUGUCACUCACUAUUGUGCUUUUUGUAAAAGUUUAAGUGUUUUCUUUAUUUUGUUCUUAAUUCGUAAGACAAUAUGUUUAUGGUUAUUUCUAAGACCAUGUUUGUGCAAUCUAUUGUGUUUUUAUUGAAGUUCUUACGAUUUCAGAGAUCUUUUUAGUGCACUGUUCAUGCACAUUGAAUUUCUUGUCAGUGGAUAAUGGUUAUCAUCAAUGGCCACUAUUGAUAGAUAUUAUUGGUUGUGGAUUGUCCACAAAUCAAGCAUUUCACCCAUUAUAAUACUAAAUUACUGUGAAAGUAGAAGUAGGCAAACAUCCUGGUCAUUUCAUUUAACCGCCCCCAAAAAACACUACUAGGUCAUUAAUAUAGUGCAAUAAAUAAUUAACCACACAAACUUCCAGAUCAAGAUUACUUCAAUCCACAAAGUGAACUUUAAUACAUUAAUGUUAUGUACAAGCUAAACUGUACAAUUAUGUUAAACGCAUAGUGUUUGAUACGUGAAACUUGACAUAAAUGCGGUAAACUGUAAAAUUAUUUCCACGUUUUUGUUCUAAAAAUCCAAUCAUCCGAAUAUAGGAUACAAUAUGGCAUUUUAUACUGAAUUUCAAGUUAGCCAAUGUUUUGGGAUAUUGCAUAUUGUAUUUGGCUGGGUAGGCUUUGGCUGUCAAUUUAGUGAGCUAUAUUAGAUAUUUAAUUAGUAUUGCUCAUUGAGAAGAGUCGGCACACCCAGAAGAGGACUUGGGCCACCCCUCAUAGCCUGGUUCCUCUCUAGGUUUCUUCCUAGGUUCUGGCCUUUUCUAGGGAGUUUUACCUAGCCACCGUGCUUCUACACCUGCAUUGCUUGCUGUUUGGGGUUUUAGGCUGGGUUUCUGCACAGCACUUUAACAUCAGCUGAUGCAAGAAGGGCUUUAUAAAUACAUUUGAUUGAUAGUAAGACCUCAAAUGUGAACAUGUAGAGAGCAGUGGAAGCUGGUGAAAUGGUUAUUAGUUAUUACAUUUCAUCUUCUAGAUAAGUAGAUUCAUUAUUGUGCUAUUGGCAAACUUGUAUACUGAAUGAUUUGCCAUGUAAACGUUGUUUUUAUCAUUCUCCUAAAUGAAGAUACAGUGCUUGUCUGUUCAGCUGUAAUUGUUUGAAUGACUGUUCUGUUAUACAGCCACUGAGGUUAGGCUACCUCCAUAUAUGCAAAAAAAAAAAGUGUUAUAUAGUUUUUGUUCAUUUUAGUAUGACCAUAUGUUUAAUAUCAUUUUAUUGUUUAAUUUGGAUAUUGGUUCAAACAAGUCUUAAUGGCUUUAAAACACAAGUCCAAAGAUUGAGGGAACAAUGCAAUACUCAACGAAGAGAUUAACCAAUUUGAACGUUUUAACUAGUCUAAAACGAUGCGAAAGUAUUUAUCCCAAAAAGGGCUGGAAAUUGACUGGCCCCUCCCUCCACUGAGUACUAAGUGAGCUUGUCGCGCAAAUUAUAUUGAAUGAUGUUAUGUAUCCAAUUCAAUACUUUAUAUAUAUAUUAUAUGUAUAUGUGGACACACCUUCAAAUUAGUUCAGCCACACCCGUUGCUGACAGGUGUAUAAAAUCGAACACAAAGCCAUGCAAGCUCCAUAGCCAAACAUUGGCAGAAGAAUGGCCUUACUGAGAGCUCAGUGACUUUCAACGUGGCACUGUCAUAGGAUGCCACCUUUCCAACAAGACAUGUAGCGUUAACAUUUCCCUUCACUGAAACUAUGGGCAAGAGCUAUGAAAAACAGCCCUAUGUCAUUAUUCCUGCUCAACCAAACUUUACAGUUGUCACUAUGCAUUGGGGCUGGUAGCGUUCUCCUGGCAUCCGCCAAACCCAGAUCUGUCCGUCGGACCGCCAGAUGGUGAAGCGUGAUUCAUCACUCCAGAGAAUGCGUUUCCACUGCUCCAAUGUCAGCGAGCAGAACACCACUCCAGCCUAUGCUUGGCAUUGCACAUGGUUAUCUUAGGCUUGUGUGUGGCUGCUCAGCCAUGGAAAGCCAUUUCAUGAACCUCCCGAUGUACAGUUAUUGUGCUGACGUUGCUUCCAGAGGCAGUUUGGAACUUGGUAGUGAAUGUUGCAACUGAGGAAAGACGAUUUCAGCACUUGGCGAUCCCAUUCUGUGAGCUUGUGUGGCCUACCACUUUGUGGCUGAGUUGUUGUUGCUCUUAGACGUUUCCACUUGUCUAUGGAGAUUGCAUGGUUAUGUGCUCGGUUUUAUUCACCUGUCAGCAACGGGUCAGGCUGAAAUAGCCAAUUCCAAUCAUUUGAAGGGGUGUCUACAUCAUUUGUGUAUAGAUAGAUGGAUAGAAAUAAAUAAGUAUUAUACUUAACUACGUUGAAUGAUUGCUUGGUCACCCGUCCAUUGACUUGCAACUGGUUGUUUAAAUGGACAGUUGGCUAUUGAAGAGCCAGGGUAGAUGGAGGGCUAAUUUAGAAGGAUAAACAUUUCAGUAAAACAUUUUAGCGAAGAAAAGAUUCUUAAUAAAAAUAUAUCUUAUCUACUUGGGAGGUCAGGGGAAAUGUACUUUAAAGUGCAGGAAUACUACUUUAAAUGCAGCUCACCCAGAAAAUAGUCCCCUGCAUUUUACAGGUGAGCCAUUGGUGUGGAAGGGUAUUAUUGAGUGAUUCGGCAGGAGGAGCACUCCCUCUCUCCUGCACUGUAUUCUAACACAAAGAGAACAAGGGCAUUGCUUUCUGGAUGGCUUGCAUUGGAGGGAGAGUUGGUGAAUCCCUAAUCCCCUUUUUAAAGGGUGAUAGAUUACAUUGUAUUCUGGCUCUAAAAAGAGGCAUAUCUUUUCAGUUUUUCACCUUGUUAUUUUGUGAAUGUAAUUUAUGAUUUUCAAAUUAUUUCUGCGUCAGUAUAUUUGUCUUAUUUUUCUAUGUUUACUGUUCUAUGUUUGAAUUUCCAGAGUUUUAUAUGAAUAUUUAAUAUAUGCAGUAUUUCUAAGGUUAGUACUGCAUUCUGUGCGUUGGGCCAGUAACCGAAAGGACGCUGGUUCAAAUCCCUGAGCCGACUAGGUGAAAAUCUCUGAAACCCAUCACUUAACCCUAAUUUCUCCUGUAAAUUGCUCUGGAUAAGAACAUCUGCUAGAUGACAAAAAUGUAAAUGUGUUCAGCAGCCAUUUUGUUUGCAUUUCAGCCUUAUUGUGAGUGCAUGAGUGGUGUAUUGUAUAUGCAGCAUUUUGGCAUAUUUUCGUUUUUUUCUCCAAACAGAAAUAAAUUAUUUUUUGUUAUCA